AUGACCAUUACUUCCUCUCUGAACACAGCUGAUGCAUGUACCACACUGCCCACCACCCUACCCACACAACAGAUGUACCACACUGUCCACCACACCACUCGCACCACAGAUGUACCAUUAGCCCACCAUCCUACCAACACCACAGAUGUACCACACUGCCCACCACACCACUCACAUCACAGGUGUACCACACUGCCCACCACACCACCCACACCACAGGUGUACCACACUGCCCACCACACCAUCCACACCACAGGUGUACCACACUGCCCACCACACCACCCACACCACAGAUGUACCACACUGCCCACCACACCACCCACACCACAGAUGUACCACACUGCCCACCACACCACUCACACAACAGAUGUACCACACUGCCCACCACACCACAGAUGUACUACACUGCACACCACACCACUCACACUACAGAUAAUCUGUGGUGUGUAA